AUGGGACUGGUAGAACGAGAAGCCGAGAUGCAAGAAUUGAACGCUCCCAGACCCGGAAGGUCGAGAGAUCUCUUUGGAGUUCAAUUAGAGGUUACUUCAUUACUCUUGGAGGGCGAGCGCCGCAAAUUGGCAGUCUUGCAAAGGGAAUUGCAAGUAGCCCUCGAGGAAGGUGGAAGCGUAAAGGUGAAGGAAAAGCAGCGACAGGAAUUACUUCAUGCUAUAUCAAAAAUUCAAGGACAACACGAGCAACUCGACAAGGAGUACAGAAUCCACGCUGCCGGUGUUCUCCUAUGCAACUCAAGGGGCUCCGGAAAGGUAAGGGUAGCGGACGUUAUUAUUAUUAUUUUUUUUUACCUUUUUACUUGCGAUUCUCAGAAGACAAAUGAUCUUCUCUACUAUUGUGCGACAAAUUAUGGUCUCUUACGAAACUCGAGCGCUAUCGUUCGUUGACAUUUGAUGCCCGAGUUUUCUCUAUUGCUCCUUGAAUCGGGUCGACCGUUCCUUCGAGAUAACGAUGUCGUACUAAUCGACACUCUCAUCAAAGUACUUUCAUAAAUGUUCUACUUCCGUCCAAUUUUCGCGGAUCGGAUAACGCAGGAUAUCUCCGACUAAUUACGCUUCCGUUUAAUGACAGACCGCCAUCAUUUAAACGAAUAAGUAAUGAGGUACUUCUCUAUCAAAGCACGAUAUUUAACUAGAGAGUCACGUAAAAAUUGUGGCGUUUAAAUCAUUAACAUAAAUGAUGUUAUAUAUAUAACUCAUAUAUAUACAUAUAACUCUAUAUUUUUUUUUUAUUUAUAAGAUUGAUCCUGAACAAGAUAUUUGCUCUACAUUUUAUCUUUAGCAAUUAAGCAUAUUUACGUAUAACAUGCAUAAAUAUUUUCAACGUUAGCAUGAUUUUUUCUCUGUUUUUAAAACUGUUGAACUCAUUAAAAAAAAAAAAAAAUAUUUUUAUUAGUAUGUUACAUGCAGUA